GAAGGGUCCUCAACUUUUUAGUAGGGUAACCAAAAACUGAAAAAAGAGAACGACCGACCGACGAAAACUCUUCUAUUGUCGCCUCCGUAAUCAGCCUCGUCCUCUUCCUUCUAGGGUUAGGGUUAGGGUUAGGGUUAGGGUUAGGGUUUCUUCUUCGAGAGGAGCGAUCUCUACUUGUCUUCUUCGACUUCUCGGAUCGAUCAUCGGGUAUGGAGUGCUUGACCGAGCUCCCCCACGCGCACGUCGAUCGCCGUCCGAGGAAGCGGCAGAGGUUGGGGUGGGACGUCGCCCCCGAAUUCCCAACGGGUGAGAUAGGAUUAUUAUGUGGGCAAGAAGUUGGAGUUAUGACCAGCUUGAUGUCUGUGGGGCCUUCAAACAGUACUGGUUUCUCUCACCAUGCAAAGGGAGAGAGAUAUGCUUCACCCCCUUGGAGAGAAGAUGAUAAAGAUGGCCAUUACAUGUUUGCAGUUGGAGAUAAUUUAACUUCUCGCUAUAAGAUCAAUACCAAAAUGGGAGAAGGUACUUUUGGCCAGGUUUUGGAGUGUUGGGACAGGGAGAGGAAGGAAAUGGUGGCUAUCAAGAUUAUUCGCGGGAUCGAAAAGUAUCGAGAGGCUGCAAUGAUAGAGAUUGAUGUUCUCCAACAGCUUGGAAAACAUGACAAGAGCGCAUCUUGUUGUGUACAAAUAAGGAACUGGUUUGAUUAUCGUAACCAUAUCUGUAUAGUUUUUGAGAAGCUUGGGCCAAGCUUAUUCGAUUUUCUACGGAAAAACAAUUAUCGCUCAUUUCCAAUUGAUCUAGUUCGUGAGCUUGCCAGACAACUAUUGGAAUCUGUAGCAUUUAUGCAUGAUAUGUGCCUCAUUCACACUGAUUUAAAGCCUGAGAACAUUCUUCUUGUUUCUCCGGAGUACAUUAAAGUACCGGACUACAAAGCUUCAUCCCGAUCCCCGAAGGAAGGCUCCUACUAUAAGCGCUUACCCAAGUCAAGCGCUAUCAAGCUAAUUGAUUUUGGUAGCUCAACCUAUGAUCACAAGGAUCACAGUUACAUAGUAUCCACAAGGCAUUAUCGGGCUCCUGAAGUUAUCUUAGGUCUCGGGUGGAGUUAUCCCUGUGAUAUAUGGAGUGUUGGUUGCAUACUUGUUGAACUUUGUUCGGGUGAGGCAUUGUUUCAGACUCAUGAGAAUUUGGAACACCUGGCCAUGAUGGAGAGGGUUCUAGGACCUUUGCCCCACCACAUGCUCAGAAAAGCCGAUCGGCAUGUUGAGAAGUAUGUCAGAAGAGGGCGCCUGAACUGGCCAGAGGGUGCAACCUCAAGGGAAAGCAUAAAAGCUGUUUUGAAGCUGCCUCGCCUUCAGAAUUUGGUGAUGCAGCAUGUAGACAAUUCAGCAGGAGAGCUUAUCAACCUUCUACAAGGCCUUCUCGGGUACGAUCCGAAAGACAGGUUGUCAGCACAUGAUGCACUGAGGCAUCCCUUCUUCACAGGGAUGUGCCACCGCAGGUCAUAGACAUUAUUGGCUAGUAAUGUUGGCGGUAGUUUUACAUCAUGUAUCGGUGCAAUAAUGUCUACGAUGAUGGUGGCAGAAAGGAGACAGCGUGGCACAAACUUUUUGUCGAGCUUCUUUACCUGAACUGUAUUCUUCGUGUUAAACCUGUUGGGGCGGCGUGAUGUCCGCCUAAAGUUGAUUUAGGCGGAGCUCUGAUAAUGUAUACUCAUGUACAGUGAAUGUUGACUACGUAUAUCUAUCGGCUUAAUCAUUGGUUUAAUCUAAACUUUGCAUUCUCUGUUUA